GUGCUGCCCCUCGCACGUCAAAACCAACUUAGCCGCCCGCCGUCCUCUUUCCAUCUCACAGUCCCUUCUCCCUUCUUCUCUCUUGUCCCUCAUCUCUUCGUUUCCCGUCUUCACAUCCGCCCACCAUGACGGACGUUAUGACCGACAAGGGCACCAGCCAGGGCGCCACCACCAUCGAGGAGCACGAUGAGGAGCACAUUGACACCAGGAACUCGGUCCACAGGCGGCUGCGCGCCAACAGCUCCAUCAUGCAGCUGAAGAAGAUUCUGGUCGCGAACAGAGGCGAGAUCCCCAUCCGCAUCUUCCGUACCGCGCACGAACUGUCGCUCCACACCGUCGCCGUCUACAGUUAUGAGGACCGGCUCAGCAUGCACAGGCAAAAGGCCGACGAGGCCUAUGUCAUCGGCAAGAGAGGGCAGUACACGCCCGUCGGCGCAUAUCUGGCCGGCGAAGAGAUUGUCAAGAUUGCGCUGGAGCACGGAGUCAACAUGAUUCACCCCGGUUACGGUUUCUUGUCCGAGAACGCCGAGUUUGCGCGCAACGUGGAGAAGGCGGGUUUGAUUUGGGUCGGUCCUACCCCCCAUACUAUCGAUUCCCUUGGCGACAAGGUCUCCGCUAGGAAGCUCGCCAUUGAGUGCAAGGUUCCCGUCGUACCGGGCACGCCGGGCCCCGUCGAGACUUACGAAGAGGUCAAGUCCUUCACCGACGAGUAUGGCUUCCCGGUCAUCAUCAAGGCCGCCUUUGGCGGUGGUGGCCGUGGUAUGCGAGUGGUGCGCGACCCGGCGUCGCUGAAGGAGUCGUUUGAACGCGCCACUUCUGAGGCGAAGACUGCCUUUGGUAACGGCACCGUCUUCGUCGAGCGCUUCCUCGACAAGCCCAAGCACAUUGAGGUGCAGCUGCUGGGUGACAACCAUGGAAAUGUGGUCCACCUGUUUGAGCGUGAUUGCUCCGUCCAGCGUCGUCACCAGAAGGUCGUCGAGCUUGCCCCUGCCAAGGACCUUCCCCAGGAGACGCGCGACGCCAUCCUCGCUGAUGCUGUCAAGCUGGCCAAGUCUGUCAACUACCGCAAUGCUGGUACUGCGGAAUUCCUGGUCGACCAGCAGAACCGCUACUACUUCAUUGAGAUCAACCCUCGUAUCCAGGUCGAGCACACCAUCACUGAAGAAAUCACCGGCAUCGAUAUCGUUGCUGCCCAGAUCCAGAUUGCCGCUGGCGCAUCACUGGCUCAGCUUGGUCUGACCCAGGAUCGCAUUUCUACUCGCGGCUUUGCUAUUCAGUGCCGUAUCACCACCGAGGACCCCGCCAAGGGCUUCGCUCCUGAUACGGGUAAGAUUGAGGUGUACCGCUCUGCCGGUGGUAACGGUGUCCGUCUUGAUGGUGGCAACGGUUUCGCCGGCGCCGUUAUUACUCCUCACUACGACAGUAUGUUGGUCAAGUGCACUUGCCAUGGCUCAACAUACGAAAUCGCUAGGAGAAAGAUGAUUCGUGCUUUGGUCGAGUUCCGUAUCCGCGGUGUCAAGACCAACAUUCCCUUCUUGUCUUCCCUUCUCACCCACCCCACUUUCAUCGAGGGCACUUGCUGGACUACUUUCAUCGACGAUACCCCUGAGUUGUUCGCCCUGGUUGGUAGCGCGAACCGUGCUCAGAAGCUGCUGUCCUACCUUGGUGACCUCGCGGUCAACGGAAGUCAAAUCAAGGGCCAGAUCGGCGAGCCCAAGUUCAAGAGCGACGUCGUCAUCCCCACCCUCCACACGCAGGAUGGCAAGGCCCUCGACUGCUCUGAGCCUUGCGCAAAGGGCUGGAGAAGCGUCAUUCUCGAGCAGGGCCCCGAAGGAUUCGCUAAGGCUGUGCGUGCCAACCAGGGCUGUCUCGUCAUGGACACCACCUGGCGUGAUGCGCACCAGUCUCUGCUUGCGACCAGAGUCAGAACCGUCGACAUGCUCAACAUCGCCAAGGAGACGUCCCACGCCUACUCCAACGCUUGGGCGCUGGAAUGCUGGGGUGGUGCUACCUUCGAUGUGGCGAUGCGCUUCCUGUACGAGGACCCCUGGGAGAGGCUGAGGAGGAUGAGGAAGCUCGUCCCCAACAUCCCCUUCCAGAUGCUUCUGCGUGGCGCGAACGGUGUUGCGUACUCCUCGCUUCCAGACAACGCCAUUGACCACUUCGUCGACCAGGCGAAGAAGAACGGUGUCGAUAUCUUCCGUGUCUUUGACGCCUUGAACGAUAUUGACCAGCUUGAGGUUGGUGUCAAGGCCGUCCUUAAGGCUGGCGGUGUUGCCGAGGGAACCAUGUGCUACAGCGGUGAUAUGCUUAACCCCAAGAAGAAGUACAACUUCGAGUACUACAUGGAUCUUGUCGACAAGAUCGUCAAGAUGGGUGCGCAUGUCCUUGGUAUCAAGGAUAUGGCCGGUGUUCUCAAGCCUAGGGCUGCUACGAUUCUCAUCGGCGCUAUUAGGGAGAAGUACCCCGACCUUCCCAUCCACGUCCACACCCACGACUCGGCGGGUACUGGUGUUGCUUCUAUGGUUGCCUGCGCGCAGGCGGGUGCUGAUGCAGUUGACGCUGCUAUUGACAGCUUGUCCGGCAUGACCUCUCAGCCCAGCAUUGGUGCAUUGCUGGCCUCGCUCGAGGGUGGACCCCACGACCCCGGCCUUGACGGCCAUGUCAUCCGCCACCUCGACAGCUACUGGGCGCAGCUCCGUCUGAUGUACUCUCCCUUCGAGGCCCAUCUGACUGGUCCUGACCCCGAGGUCUACGAGCACGAGAUCCCUGGUGGUCAGCUCACCAACCUCAUCUUCCAAGCUUCCCAGCAGGGUCUUGGCGAGCAGUGGGCUCAGACCAAGAAGGCGUACGAGGAGGCCAACGACAUUCUGGGCGAUAUUGUCAAGGUCACGCCUACUUCCAAGGUCGUCGGUGACUUGGCGCAAUUCAUGGUGUCUAACAACCUUACCUACGACGAUGUCCUCAAGAAGGCCCAGGAGCUCGACUUCCCCAGCUCUGUGCUGGAAUUCUUCGAGGGUCUCAUGGGCCAGCCGUACGGCGGCUUCCCCGAGCCCCUGCGCACGCACGCCCUCCGUGACCGCCGCAAGAUGGACAAGCGCCCUGGUCUCUACCUCGAGCCCGUCGACUUUGUCAAGGUCAAGAGGGAGCUUAAGGAGAAGUUUGGCGGCGCGACCGAGACGGACGUGGCGUCUUACGUCAUGUACCCGAAGGUGUUUGAGGACUACAAGAAGUGGACGAUGAAGUACGGCGACCUGUCGGUGCUGCCGACGCGCUUCUUCCUGGCCAAGCCCGAGAUCGGCGAGGAGUUCCACGUCGAGCUGGAGAAGGGCAAGGUGCUGAUCCUGAAGCUGCUGGCCAUUGGCCCGCUCAGCGAGCAGACGGGCCAGCGCGAGGUCUUCUACGAGAUGAACGGCGAGGUGCGCCAGGUCACGGUCGACGACCAGCACGCCGCCGUCGAGAAUAAGAGCCGCCCCAAGGCUGACUCGACGGAUACGAGCCAGGUCGGCUGCCCGAUGGCGGGCGUGGUGGUCGAGGUGCGCGUCCAUGACGGCAGCGAUGUCCAGAAGGGCGACCCGAUUGCUGUGCUCAGCGCUAUGAAGAUGGAAAUGGUCAUCUCGGCGCCGCACUCGGGCAAGAUUGGCUCGCUGAUGGUGCACGAGGGCGAGUCGCUGGGCGCCCAAGACUUGAUCUGCAAGAUUGUCAAGUAAGGGCUCUCUCGAGUAAAACAGAAAAAGCGGCUGCUUGGCUGCUGCUGCU